CAUAACAUGCUUUGUUCUAAGCAGUCUUCAGGCAGUUUUAAGAAGCCGAGGUCAAGUUCAGCUAGAAGUAAAAGGAAAGGAUGCAGAUGUGGCAAUGCCACUGCAAUACCUGGCAAACUUACCUGUUGUGGUCAAAGGUGUCCUUGUUAUGUGGAAAGUAAACCUUGUGUAGAAUGUAGAUGUAGAGGUUGCAGAAAUCCUCACACGGCAGAUGGAUUAAAGAUCCGUCCACAUAUACCUGAACUUCAUAAUUUACAAUUGCAACUGUCCACCUCUUUGGAUUGCGACGCACUAAGUGGAGACCCUCUGGGAUCUGUACCGCAGUGUCUAUCGACGUCUCCUACAACAAUACAAGUUUUAAAUGUGUAUUCCACUCCGAGACUAGACAUUGACAAUGUACCACAAAACUUACCUGCUGCUUUGUUAGUGGGGGAAGAUGCUAUGGUGAGUACUGAAAGUGAAGCAGAAGAUAGUGAUAUACAAAUUGAUGUGUGACAUAGUAUUUAAAUGAACAUUGCAAAAGUGAUAACAGAUACCUGUGGUAACAGAGUAUGGCGAGUGCGCCUCUAAGUAGAAAAGGACGCAUCGUGUAAAUAGCUUAAUUGAUACUGAUCUGCAUUGAAAAUUAUAAGAAUCAAAAAUAUGCAAUUACAAAUUUGCAAUGGUAAUAGUAAACAUGUAUAUAUGUAUGUAUGUAUGUAUGUGUGUAUGUAU